AUGCAGUCUCGCUCAGCGUCAAGAGGGAGCCAGUAUAUUCGCGGUACCAGGCCAAAGGACCGCCAGCAUACCCAGGACCAGACGCAGCAGACGCAGGAGGGAGUCUACCAGGGCUACUACGACCUCAACUCCCCCGAGCACCGCCAGGCGAGAUACUACAGCCAGGACGGCCAGAGGAAGACCGCAGACGGACAGUUUCAGGCCUACUCGCCCGGUGCGAGUCUUAGCAACAUCAGCAACAUCAGCAGCAACAACAUCAGCGACGAGCUGCCGGAGGAUGAGCCCGUCUAUCUGCCUUCCAUCGGCAGCUUCCAGUCGCUGCACUCGCUCGUCAACAACCUGCCUACCCCUGGUGCGGUAGACAGACAGGCCUCCGUCUCUGCUGCCUCGACCGCCGCCUCGUCUGCUGCCUCGACCUUCAGGAGCGACACUUUCUCCUUUUCCAAUGGCAGGCCGCUUGCGUCCCGCAGCAACUCCAGUCUCGACAGGCCGGCCUCUGUCGCUGUCGGUGGCGGUUCCGCUGCUGGUAUCCGACAGGCUCGUACGGUUGCUGCUCGCCCGAUGUCGUCUGCGGCCAGAAACGAGUCGUUUCACUCGAACUCGAGUCCGGUAGACCGUCAGGCGUACCAGGCCGUCUCAGCUGUUCGAAGGGCCACUGCUGCUCCCCGACCAAUCUGUACGGCCGUCAGGAAGGACUCGUACCAUGCCUAUUCCAACUCGAGCCCGGUGGCCGCCAGCCCAGCAGCUGCCAGCCCUGCCGCAUCGGCCAGCUCCUCCAGCCUCGACCAGGGUCAGGCCGUCAAUGGACAAAUGCAACAGCCUGUCAUUCCGGCUCCCACGCGACGUCCUCCUUCUCCUCCCCCUGCGUCCGCUAGUGCUGUCGCAGCUGCUGUCACCACUGCUGUCACGGCUGCUGUCACGGCUCCUGUCACCGCCGCUGUCUCUCCCGCCGCUCGACCGAGACCCGCGGCUAUAAGGAACGAGGCCUACCAUGCGUUCUCCAGCUCUAGUCCGGCCACUGCCGUCCCGGUACCAGCUCCGUCCAGCUCUACCAGCCCAGAUUGCCAGGUUCCCCCUGGCCCGGCAUCUGCAGCUCCAACUCCGACUCUACGACCAACUAUUUCUACCGCUGCUCGGCCCAUGUCUGCUGCUGCUGGGAAUAUCAACAACAAGUCGUACCACGCCUACUCCAGUUCCAAUCCAGUUGCUUCAGCUAGCUCCGCCAGUCUAGACAGGCUCCCUCCUGCUGCUGGUGCUGGUGCUGCUGUUGCUCGUCGACCGUCCGCCAUGGCUGCCAGAAGUCAUUCGUACUACGGUGCCACCUGCACCACUCCUGUUCUUGGUCCUGCUGCUCCCACUACUACUACUACUACUACUACCACUAUGGCGAUUCCUGCUGCCAUCCCUGCUGUGACCCCUGUUGUGCAGAAUCUAGCUGCGUCCGCAAGUACGUCAAGCCUCGACCGCCAGAUCCCUGUUGCUCAACGAUCGGCUUCUAUGGCUGCCAACCCUCGUCCGGCCACUGCUGCGGUUACUCGCAGGGCUACUUCGCACGCUACUCUUCCCAGACCCGCCUCUGCAGUCGCCGGGCCUACGUCAUACUACGGCAACGCCGGUCCGGGGUUGGUAGCUCGACGAAACACCAUCGUCUUUGAUGGACAGCAGCAACAGCCCCAGACGCAAGGACAGUCGCAACAAGGGGCGCAAGGGCAGACGGGAGCAGAACAGGCCACCAGGCCGCCUCGUUUCUAUGCCAUGCUACGUGCCUCAAUGGUCGUCCCAGACAGCGUGCAGAUCCCUACCGUCGAAGAGAGACAGCUGCCAGCCGCCAGCGCCAGUCUGUCUACGGACCCCAGCCCCGACCACGCUCCAGUCGCCGCUCCCACAGUCCCCGAGAAAACGACAACUGCUACGACGACGAACACGGCAACGGGGACACCGGCAUCAAAAGCUGCUUCGUCUCCCCCCAGGUCAUCAACGGCAAUAUCCGACUUCGCCGACCUCGGCACCAGUGCCCGUCGCGCCCAGUCUCAAGCCCGCAAACUGAUCAAACGCAACCCUUCUGCGCCCAAGCCCAAGCUAGCACCCAAGCCAAAUGCAGCCCAGCCAUCCAGGUCCAUGUCCCUGGCCGGGGCUCCGCCAAUGCCAACCUCCGCUCCGCCGUCUCCCCCGCCUCUCCCGCGCGCAAUGUCAAUUCACAUCCCCCCGCGCUCAGGUUCGGCAGCAGGAGCAGCAAAGCCAACAAAAACAGCCAACAAAUCAAAGAAGCUGCGUCUCGCCUCCCUGUGGUCCGAUUUGUUCCGUCUGAGAGUUUCAAGCUGA